AUGCUCGACUACGUGAAGAGGUACAUCUUCCUCGAACUGCUGCUAAUUCUGCGGGUGGUGAAUUACUACGUCCCGUUAGACAAUCGGUUGAAUAUCGCGGUGGUACUUUACCUGACCCUUUUGGGGCUCGUUUAUUUGGCCUUCAAGUUUAGGUACCGCGGGGGUAGCGGGUCGGGCGGCGUGAGUUGGGCCUUCGCCGGCAGGCACGUGUGCAUCGUGGGCGGGUCCGAAGGCCUGGGCCUCUCGCUGGCCAAGCGAAUCAUUCGCGAGAAGCCGCACACCCUAACCAUCAUGUCGAGGAACGCCGCCAAGCUACGCACAGCGAAGGUGGUUUUACUGCAGGAGCUGAGUUUGCAGAGGUCCCCCCAGGAGCUCCACAUAAACAUAAUUCAGUGCGACAUCGGUAUGAAGGAGUCCAUCAACGAGGCUUUUCAAAACGUCCGAACGAAUAGCAGUAUGGGUAAAGAAAAGGACCCAGGGGGAGACAAAUCAAAGGGAAGUAGUACCCAUAGGAAGAAUCAUCCCAUAGACACUCAACAAGCGACAGACCAACCGCCCAACGAUGUGGAUGUCCUCAUCUGCAAUGCUGCCUAUGUAUGUACAGAAGAAAAUAGCAAACUGCAAAUGUACGAUUUGCUAUACACAGUAAACACGAACAUUCAUGGCAACAUUGACGUCAUCUCGAGAGUCAUUGCCAAUAUGAAGAAGAAAAGAAAAGGAUUCAUUUUGUUUAUAAAUUCUGAAGGAGCUCUUUAUCCCGUUUAUGGGUACUCAUAUUAUUUAAUGAGCAAAACGGCUAUGUGGACGUACACGUAUAUUUUGGACCAGGAGUUAAAACAUUAUGAUGUUCAUUUUGCAAAUGCCUUUCUCCCAUCAGUUCAAACUCCUGGGUAUGUUCAGGAGAAUUUAAAAAAACCGUUUAUCACCAAACGGAUUGAGGACUUAACCAGCACGGUUGAUUCUGACUACGCCGCUGAUAAAGUAGUUUGCAAAAUUAAAAAGGGGAGGAAAUUCAUAACGCUAGAUUUUAAUGGCUUCAUGCUGUCCGUUUUGCAUAGCGGGUAUAGGAAUCCGGAGUCCUAUUUUGAUUACUUAAUUUGCGUGUCGUUUUGUGGCGUCUUCGUGUUUGUGUCCUCCCUUUAUAAGCUCUACAUCGAGCAUAUCAUCCGAAGGAACGUCUUCCACCCCCCCUCAAUUUGACUGCCCAUUUGGGGUCACCUGCACAGAUAUAUUUGUCGUGCGUUUGUUAAUGCUUUUAUUUUUUUUUCCCCACCAGGGUAUAUGUAACCACGUGGCUCAUUUAUUUUCCCCUGUGAAGGCACCCGCAUGGUGCGUUCCACACGAAUGGCUGCACUUCUCCAUGUGGACGUUUCUCACG